AUGAAGAACUCACUCAUCCUAUCCCUCCCCUUUCUCAUCUCAAUCUCCUCCGCCACACCAAUCCAGCGCUCACACAUCCACCGUCGCGAAGUCCCCCAAGAACACUCCCACGAGGCCAUCCUCCGCACAGUCAACACUCUCCUGAAAACCAACAAUCCCGACAACAUCCAAGAUGCCGUCUUCGGCCUCCUCGGCAACGCCGCCGCCUCCACCGGCCAAGGCAACAUCGCAGACACUGACUGCCUCCAACAAGCCACCGCCGACCAAGCCUUCACCAACGCCAAAGCCGCCUCCGACACCCCCGGCAUGACCGCCGCCCUCCUCUACCGCGCCCUCGAGCGCAACACCGGCAAAGUCGGCCUCGCAAGCACCCCCUGCACCGCCCUAACCGCCACAAACCCCGAAAUCGCCGCUCUGACACAACACCAGGACCCGGCCUCCGCAGACGCCGCCCAGGGCAACAAAGCCCUCACCCUCGAGCUCGCGCGCCAGAUUGCCAGCGUGGGCGGCGAUCCGCUGGAUGCGCUCAAGGCCGGCACGUUUGCCCCGGGCGAUGUGAAUGAUCCGACGGCGCGGGGGAACUCGUGUGACGAUGCGGAUGAUGCGCAGGGGUGUAUUGAGAGUUUGGGACUGCGGGUUGAUGAUGCUACUGAGGCGGAGAUUCGGGAUGCUGUGGCUGGGGCGGGUGGUGCUGGUGCUGAGGCGGAUGCAGGGGCUGGGACGAUGACGAUGACGGUGAUGUCGGAUGUGCCUGUGGCUAGCACGGCGGUUGAUCCGGCGGCGGCGGUAGUCGGGUGCGGAGCUCCGGGUGCGACGGCUGCUGUCGUUGCAACGCCUACACCUACACCUACACCUACUGCGGUUGCGGACCCAGCUCCUGCGGACGCGACGGCGCUCGAUCUGGGCUUGUGUGCGGAUCCGACGAUUGUGUUUGGCGGCCCGUUUGAUGGGCGCAAGGAGGAUGCGUUCCAGCCGGCUGAUACGGCGACGUUUACGCAUGGGUCGGCGCUGGGGAUCAAGGUGAUUACGGACUUUAUCUGUCAGCAGUUGGAGGUGAAGUGUAAGGCGAGUGCGGAUGCGAUUGCGGCGUGUAAUCAGGGGGCGGCGGAUGCGCAGGGUGCUCAGGGGCAGGGGGCGGCGGAUGCGUUUAAUCGGGCGCUUGGGUUUUGA